CGCCUUUCAAAACGCAGUAAGCUCUCGUUGCGAACGGACGUACCUCAACUAACUUGGCUUUAACCCUUGCGCUCCCUCCGUUUCAUUCCGCGGCAAACAUUCCAGUGGACAGUGGUGCAUUUUAGCAUUCGAGCCCAAGACCAACCUACAUUUUAGCUCCCUGCAAACCCGUUUCUCCAGCAAAUAACUAUGGCAUCCAACCGAGCAGCUAAGUCUGGUUUUGCCGCCGAGGCCCAGCGCAAAAUCAACUCAAAGUACAGCGAGGAGCUGGCCCAGGAAUCCUUGGAGUGGAUCAAGGCCGUCACCGCGGAGCCCAUCAACACAUCCGGCGACACCGACAACUUCUUCGAGGUGCUCAAGGAUGGCGUUAUCCUGUGCAAACUGGCCAAUGCCCUCCAGCCCGGCGUCAUCAAGAAGAUCAACGAGAGCAAGAUGGCCUUCAAGUGCAUGGAGAACAUCUCGGCCUUCCUCGCGUGCGCCAAGAACUUCGGAGUGCCCACCCAGGAGACCUUCCAGAGCGUUGACCUGUGGGAGCGCCAGAAUCUGAACUCGGUGGUUAUCUGCCUGCAGUCGCUGGGUCGUAAGGCCUCCAACUUCAACAAGCCAUCGAUUGGCCCCAAGGAGGCCGACAAGAACGUGCGCAACUUCAGCGAUGAGCAGCUGCGCGCCGGCGCCAAUGUCAUCUCCCUGCAGUACGGAUCGAACAAGGGUGCCACCCAGUCCGGAAUCAACUUCGGCAACACCAGGCACAUGUAGAUCCGCGUCCUAGAUACAGGAUCCUCCGCCCAUCCUCCGCUCUCAGACAUUCCGCAAUAAAAGACCAAACCAAAACGCCAACAUCUACCGCAGCCGCUUUUGGGUUCCACACUUUUCACGUUUUGAGCUUAAUUUGGGAAGAGCCCCGAAAUUAUAUGAUACGGAUAUAUAUUUAUGAUACCAAUUUGUAUUUGUAUUCCAAUUGACCAGGCGUAUGCUGUUAUGUAAUAACAUAAAUUACUUUAAUUUAAUAUUAUUAAGUACUCGUACAUACGGAUCUUAGGAUGAUUUAUUCUAUUUUCAACAUUUGCAUUUGCGACACGAUCGUUUUGAAUAGUUUUGUUCUAUAUAAACCGCACUCAGAUUCUGUGCCAUCGAAGACAGUUGGAAAUUGUCCCAAUGCAAAGUGAGAUAAUAAGUGAUCAAUGGAUCGAAAACAAAAUGAAUUGUGUUUAAUGAAAGUGUCUUCUAUCUAGUAGAGUAACGAUUACAAUGUUGUUUCGAACUAACCACCUGAAUAUCAAUCAAAAACGCAGAGCAUUUAAAAUAAUGUAUUUACAGACAGAGAAUAUAUAUGUAUUACACACUUUUGAA